AAAAAUUCAUUUUUUUAGUCUUCUAUUUGGUUCGUCUAAUGUUUUGCUCACUGCAGCGAGGAUUUCGGGCCAGGGAUAAUCUACACGGUGGGGCCCGCUUGUUGGAAAGCUCAGAUCUUACACACGCAUGCCAUCUUGGCACGUGUGCCAUUUGAGGGACUCAAUUAACUACCAACGAACAAAGCUGAAAUAGUCAAAUCUCAUGAGGAAAUGAGAUACAACGGAAAACACUUACCCUUUUACCCGGGCUCCGUACCAACGAAAAUAAUAAAUAAAAUUAAAAAAAAAACUUUUAUAUUCCCAAAUUACCCUUGACUCUCCUCUCCCUCACUCCCACACAACCAUACCUAUACCUCAAACUACCAUAUGUCACAAAUCUUAUUAAAUUUCCCUACUCUCCGUUCCACUAGUUUCCUAGCCUAACCGUUUUUCAAACUUCACAUAACCGUCUCUCUCUCUCUCUAACUGCUCUGGUUUUCUCUCCUCAAUCCUCCCAUUUUUCCCAUAAAAUGGAAAAAUAAUGGCGAGAGCCCGAGACCAAGAAGAAGAAGAAGAAGAUAAUGCAUCAUGGCGAACAAAGGGGAAGAAAAAUUCCAAACCCAGGAAGGAGUUGAGCUUGGCCUGCAUGUUGAAUACUGAAGUUGGCGCCGUUCUCGCUGCCAUUCGACGAAACCCAGAUCCGCAGUUCCUCCCCUCCCCUGAAGAAAAUUAUGACUCGGUGCUGCUCAAUUCCCUCAAAUCGCUUCGUGCUCUCAUCUUCAACCCGCAGCAGGAAUGGCAUACCAUCAACCCAUCCACCUACCUCUCUCCUUUCCUCGAUGUCAUCCAGAGCGAUGAGAUACCUGCAGCUGCCACGGCUGUUGCCCUCUCCGCGGUCCUCAAGAUCCUCAAGCUCGAGAUCUUCGAUGGGAAGACCCCCGGCGCCAGCGAAGCGAUACAUGCAGUCGUGGCAGGGAUCACAAACUGCCGCCUUGAGAAGACGGACGCCAUAUCCGAGGAUGCCGUCUUCAUGAAGAUCCUGCAGGUCCUUGUGACGAUCAUGAAGAGCCGUGCGUCGGUCACACUGACCGAUCAUGCCAUCUGCACGAUCGUGAACACGUGCUUCCAGAUCGUCCAGCAGUCCGCAAGCAGAGGGGACCUACUCCAGAGGAAUGCCCGCCACACGAUGCAUGAAUUGAUCCAGGUGAUCUUUGCCUGCUUGCCUGAGAUUGAGUCUUCUGAUGGCGGGUGCUCAGAAUCCGAUAUAGAAGACAAUGAGAUCAUGAGCGGAUCGAGGCUGGGUUACAGCGCACGCUGCAUGGUCGACAUCUUCCAUUUCCUCUGCUCUUUGUUGAAUGUGGUAGAAGUAGUGGAUGCUGAGGGGCUAGGCCCCACUAAUUCAGACGAAGAUUUUCAGCUCUUUGCCCUCGUCUUGAUCAAUUCCGCAAUAGAAUUGGGCGGAGAAGGAAUUGGCAAGCAUCGGAAACUUCUGCGGAUGAUCCAAAACGAUCUCUUUCAUCACUUAAUACACUACGGGACGUGUUCUAGUCCGAUCAUUCUCUCCAUGAUUUGCAGCACAGUCCUCAACCUCUACCACUUCCUACGCAGGUCUCUGAGGCUCCAACUCGAAGCAUUCUUCACCUACGUGCUAUUCAAGGCAGCAGCUGGAGGGAGCUCAGUUCAGCUCCAGGAAGUCGCAAUCGAAGGAAUCAUAAGCUUCUGCAGACAACCCACUUUCAUAAUCGAAGCGUACGUCAAUUACGACUGCGAUCCAAUCUGCCGGAACGUGUUUGAAGACAUUGGAAAGCUGCUCUGCAAGAAUGCCUUCCCCACAGGCAGCCCUCUGUCCAGUAUACAGGUCCAGGCCUUUGAAGGCCUGGUCGCCAUCAUCCACCAAGUUGCUGAUAGCAUGGAUAGCAGCGACUCCCCCGGUCCAGUGCACCCUGUUGACGUUUCAGAGUACCGCCCUUUCUGGGUCGAGAAAUGUGAGAAUUACAAUGAUCUGGAGACAUGGGUCGAGUUCGUGAGGCUGAGGAAGUUUCAGAAGAAAAAGAUAAUGAUUGCCGCCAACCAUUUCAAUAGAGAUGAGAAGAAGGGGUUGGAGUUCUUGAAGAUAUGCAAUCUUGUCCCGAAUGUACCGGACCCCAAGUGCUAUGCUUGCUUCUACCGGUACACACCCGGUCUAGACAAGAACAAGAUUGGGGAUUUCCUCGGCGACCCUGACGAGCUCCAUCUCCAAGUCCUGAAAGAGUUCACAGAUACGUUCAAUUUCUCAGGCGUGAUUCUCGACACUGCCCUUCGGACAUUCCUUGAGACAUUCCGGUUGCCCGGAGAGUCCCAAAAGAUCCACAGGAUUCUCGAAGCGUUCUCAGAGAAAUUCUACGAGCAACAAUCUUCAGAAAUUUUCGUAAGCAAGGAUGCCGUGUUCAUCCUAUGCUACUCUCUUAUCAUGCUCAAUACAGACCAACACAAUCCACAGGUGAAGAAGAAGAUGACAGAAGAAGAGUUCAUACGGAACAACAGAGCGAUCAAUGGUGGAAAAGAUCUCCCAAGAGAAUAUCUUUCUGAACUCUUCAUGUCGAUUUCAAACAAGGCGAUCACGCUUUUUGGGCAGUCAGCAGCUUCUUUGGAGAUGAAUCCAAGUAGGUGGGUAGAUUUGAUCAAACAUUCCAAAGCAAUGGAGCCCUUCAUCCUCUGCAACUUUGAGAACCGCCUGAGCCGAGAACUGUUUGUGUCCAUCUCAGGUCCAUCAGUCGCAGCUCUCUCUGCAACCUUCGAAUAUGCAGAUGAAGAUGAAAUCCUCCAAGAAUGCAUCGAAGGGCUGCUAUCCAUUGCUAAAAUUGCUCAGUAUGGACUGGAAGAUAUUCUUGACGAGAUCCUUGCCUCUUUCUGCAAAUUCACCACGUUGCUGAAUCCUUACGCCUCUGCCGAAGAAACCCUUUUCGCAUUCAGCAAUGAUUUGAAACCGAGAAUGGCAACUCUCGCUGUCUUCACCAUCGCCGACAAGUUCGGAGACUCAAUUCGGGGUGGAUGGAGGAACCUGGUUGAUUGCUUGCUCAAGCUCAAGCGGCUCAAGCUACUGCCCCAAUCUGUAAUUGAACCGGAUAUGGCUUCCACCUCAGGCACUGAGAAUGCUAAACACACCAAAUCUGAGUCAUGUGUGAUCUUCCCCUCGUCCCACCCGGGACUCAGCAGCAGCAGCAACCAAAUUUCGGGUCUGAUUGGACGGUUCUCGCAGUUUCUAUCUCUGGACAACAGCAUCGAGGACUCCAUGGCUAACACUGGAAAUGAAUUCGAGCAGAAUCUGAAGAUAAUCCAGAAAUGCAGGAUUGGGAACAUCUUCAGCAAGAGCUCCAACUUGCCUGAUGAAGCGCUGCUGAACCUGGGGAGGGCCUUGAUCUUUGCGGCCGCAGGCAAGGGCCAGAAGUUCAGCACUCCCAUUGAAGAAGAAGAGACAGUUGGGUUUUGUUGGGAGCUUUUAUUCACCAUUACGUCCGCAAAUAUUCACCGAUUCCUGACGUUUUGGCCAUCUUUCCACGACUAUCUUGUUGUGGUAGCUCAAUUCCCGCUAUUCUCCCCUUGCCCAUUUGCUGAGAAGGCUAUCAUGGGACUCUUCAAGAUCUGCCUCCUACUCCUCUCUUCUCCUCAAUAUGAUAAAAACUAUGAGGAACUCAUCUUCAAAUCCAUAAACCUUGCGUGGAAGCUCGACAAAGAGAUUCUCGACACCUGCUGCGAGAGCAUAACGGAAAGCGUCUGCCAGAUUCUCAACAAACAUGCGGCGAGCAUCCAGACCCUCCUCGGAUGGAAGACAAUCCUCCACCUCCUAUCAAUCACAGCCCGCCACCCAGAAACCUUCGACGAGGGAGUCGAGGCAAUGAUCUCACUGAUGUCCAACGACACCCUUGUCACGAAAUUGAACUAUGCCUACUGCAUUGACUGCGCAUUUGGGUUCGCAGCACUGAAGAUCAUCCCCCUGGAGAAGAGCGCGAAAAUAAUAGAUCUGAUGGCAGAUUCCGUGACCCUGUUAGUGCAAUGGUACCAAUCUGGGUACUCCGACCCUGGUAGCAACACCAGCAACUUCAGCAACGCCAGCAGCUCCUCAUUGGAAGAAGGCUCGAAGCCAGGCAACUCGGGUAACCUGCCGGUCAACCUCUUCACAAAGCUAGCUGAGACGCUCCGCAAGACCAGCCUCGUCCGGCGGGAGGAGAUACGGAACCACGCCGUUUCAGCACUCCAGCGGAGCUUCACGCUGGCCGACGAUUUGGGUUUCACGCCGCCAUCCUGCUUAAGCUGUUUCAACCUGGUGAUCUUCGCGAUGGUGGACGACCUCCAUGAGAAGAUGGUUGAGUACUCGCGGAGGGGGAAUGCAGAGCGUGAGACGAGGAGCAUGGAGGGUACGCUGAAGAUGGCGAUGGAGCUUCUGGUGGAGGUGUUCCUGCAGUUCUUGAAGCUGCUGGCGCAGAACCCGGGAUUCCGGACGUUCUGGUUGGGAAUUUUGAGGAGGAUGGAUACAUGCAUGAAGGCCGAUCUCGGGGGCGGUUACGAGUCUGGCUUUCAAGAACUCGUGCCGAAGCUGCUGAAGAAGAUGAUAACAAUGAUGAAGGAGAAGGAGAUUCUGGUGCAGAGAGAUGGUGAUGAGCUGUGGGACAUUACUAAUAUUCAGAUACAGUGGAUAGCUCCUUCAGUCAAGGAGGAGCUCUUUCCUGAAGAUUUCUAAGGAAAUGGCUAGUUUUUGUAAUUUCCCUCCGGUUGGGAUAGUGGGGGGAAUUUUUGAAAAGGUAGUGUUGUAUUUGGAAAUCAACUGUUUUUUUUUCUUUCGAAGUUCUAAAAAAUUUCGAAGACCUGAGUUGGGACUCGAAUGAAUCUUGGUUUCUAGUUGAGCCUGAGUCUCUUGUGUAUUGGGAUUCUCUUCAGAUAAGCCUCGAGCUAGUGUCUUGGCUGCUGGUUGCGUCCUCUGCAGCUGCUCAGGGAUGAUCCAUCCAGAGUAAAAUAAGUAGAUUCUAGUUAGGAAACUCACCAUUGAAUGGAGCCCACCUCACAAACUGAGUCAACUCAAAGGUUCACAACAAUC